CACUCCUUUCGCUCACCGACACCUACUAACCUGUGAAGACUUGCCAAGAAGGCCUGUGGGUUCAGCACCACAAAGUUAACCUGCUUGGCCUGUCCCCAGCCAGCUGAUUCGAGCCACAUCUCUGACAACUCUGGAACUCCUGUGUUUGCCGUGCCCUUGGACUCCCCUGUGUCAGGUGUUUCAGUGUGGUCACUGCUUGGGACGCUCAUUCAGCUGCUCCUGCAAACAGCGCCUAGUGGCUCGCUGCUCUGGUUAGUGCUCUCACAUGGUACCUGUCCAUACUUGUGUGAUUUUUGUCUUCCAGGUUCUCUGUCACCACUGAAUGGUAGCAAGAACUCUGGUGCCUGACCGAGAGGGCAUGACUCUUGCCACUGCAGGAGGGGCUUGGACAGGCCGCGGUUGUCGACAUGAAGUGAAGGAUGAAGAGGCAUCCUCGGAACAGAGCAUUUCUGUACCAGAAGCACAUGUUAGUUCUUCUAAGACAGGUUCAUCUGUUCCUGCGGCUCACCCUUGCGAUUUAUGUGGCCCUGUCUUAAAUUAUGUUUUGUGCCUGGAUGAGCAAGAAACACAGCACAGGCCGAGAUCUUACGUAUGUGAGGAAUGUGGCAGGCGGCUCUUGUUCAGUGCAAACUUUGAUCAGUACCAGCAGCAUUAUAAUGCAAAGAAAUGUUUGCGGAGGAGUGAAGGCGAGGUCUUUUUAAAGGAUGGCAGAGCUGGUGAAGAACCUCUCCUGUCAGAGGAGCCUUUGGAGUGUGGGAAGGAGCACAAGUUCCAAGCUGCUUGGAGUGGUCACCCCCAAAAGGCUACCCAUCGGAAGUGGAAUACAUCCAGGCGCACCCCGAGUAGGGAGGGCUUUCAUGUUGGCCAGAUGCAGUACAAGUGCGGUGAAUGUGGGAAGGCUUUCGGCCGCAAGGACACACUGACCCAGCACCAGAGGAUACACAGUGGAGAAAAGCCUUAUGAGUGUGGUGAGUGCGGGAAAGCCUUCAGCCGCAAAGCCACGCUUGUCCAGCACCACAGGGUCCACACUGGAGAGAGGCCUUACGAGUGCAGUGAGUGUGGGAAAGCCUUCAGUCGCAAGGACAACCUUACUCAACACAAGAGAAUCCAUACUGGAGAAAUGCCUUACAAGUGUGACUGUGGGAAGUAUUUUAGCCAUCACUCCAAUUUAAUUGUACACCAGAGAGUCCACAACGGAGCACGGCCUUACAAGUGCAGUGAGUGUGGGAAAGUCUUCAGACACAAAUCCACGCUUGUUCAGCAUGAGAGUAUUCACACUGGAGAAAAUCCUUACGUUUGCAGUGAAUGUGGGAAGUCCUUUGGCCACAAAUACACUCUUAUUAAGCAUCAGAGAAUUCACACUGAGACAAAGCCUUUUGAAUGCAUUGAUUGUGGGAAAUUCUUUAGCAGGAGCUCUGACUUUAUUGCACACCAGAGAGUUCACACUGGUGAAAGGCCUUUUGUGUGCAGUAAACGUGGGAAAGACUUCAUUAGGACCUCCCACCUUGUUCGGCAUCAGAGAGUCCACACUGGGGAAAGGCCGUAUGAGUGUAGCGAAUGUGGGAAGGCUUACAGCUUAAGCUCGCACCUAAUUCGGCACCAGAAAAUUCAUACUGCAGGAAGGCUUUAGGGGUGUUUUCAAUAUAGCAGGACACAUGUGUCAGGUGCAAAACGCCAUGUAUGUGCAUGUCUUUGCACCAGGUACGUGGAAAGCCUUUAGGGAUUGUGCUGUGCUUUCUCACCUUGGGUUCCUUACUCAAGUAAUGUUGCUAUAAAUAUCUGUGGCUGAAGCCAGUUUAACUGGAACGGCUUGGUCACUGUAGCAUCGUUGGGGCAGGGGAAACUGUUUUCUUUUCAGCACUUGGAAGGAAUCAUAAGACACUUGAGUUCAGUGGAUGUCCUCGUUCUAUGCUCCCUGACUGUACAUAGGUGGAAAUGACCCACUUCAGCCACGAGGGCCUGAGCUGUGUUCUGCUGGUAGUCUACAGAGCGGUCCUUUCUCACUUCCAGCCUCCAAGUCACCUUGUGGAAAAGCACUUGCCUUAUACUGCUGAUUUGUAACAAUAAAGGCCUUAAUAGGGCA